CUGUGAUUUGCCAUAUAAUUUAGUGAACCGUACUGUUGGGAUUCUCUAUCCAACCACUUUCUUUCAUCUCCUCGUGCUGGCGAAUCCUUGACUCGCUGUGACUCGGUUCCAACCUGAUUACCCACCCAACCCCCCUUUGGCCGCUUAACCCCUGAGCCGGUUAUCCUGACUUUUGCGUUCCUUCCGUCCACACAAUCUCGUCCUAGUCCAGGCGAGUCGAGCGCUAAAUCUGCAUGGGAGAUGAAAUGUACAGACUUGGAUGCUUUUGGCAACAGUGGGAUAAUAUUAGCUGCUUGGCCCAUUCGCACCUCUUAAGUGGAGCGCUUGAGGCCUUCCCCAUGGCCACCCCUCAGAGCCUGCUGUGAUAUUCUCACUCCGUCAUCCGAACUGCUCCCUCUUGUCUUCCAUGCUCCCUUGGUGCUCGGGUGCCACCGUGGGAAAUGCCUCGACUUGCGUCACUUUGCACCCUCUUGCUGCGGCUCCUGUGCCCUGCGAUUUAUCUUGGACUGUCUACUGCGACUUGCUAUUACCCGAACGGAAGUCCUGCGACAGGGGACGUGCAAUGUCAAUCGGGUCCCAAUAGCGCAUGCUGCGGUCAGGGCGCAAUAUGCCUUUCGAACGGUCUUUGCCUCGGUGUUUCUCAGCCUUUUGGGCUCUCGCGCGGAAGCUGUACUGAUCCUAACUUCGAAAUUGAUGAAUGUCCCAAAGCCUGCACGAAUGUUCAACUCAACGGCGGAUGCACUAUUGUGAUGUAUAACAAUACAGCAGAAGGCUCCUUCUACUGCUGCAACUCGAUCCAAAACAACAAUACCGGAUUCCUGCCUAGAUGCGCCUGGGACCUCGACCCGUUUACCCUGUCGAGUGCGACCAUCGUUCCAGGAGUCGCCCUUCUCGAAAACUACGAGCAAGCAUCAACCACGACAAACAAUACGAUCGAAACUCCCCUACCUUCGAACUCAACCGAAACCCCACUAGAAUGUCCCAAAACUCAAUCGUCCAACAACGAUGUCGCGAUCGGCGCUGGGGUUGGGGUACCACUAGGGGUUCUUGCUCUACUCGCCGUAGCAUGGGCUUUGCUUGAAAGGCAGAGACGCGCCAAAUAUUUCCAGUCCUUGGCGGCGGCAAACAACAGCUCUGUGCCUUUGUACAGUGCACGGAAGCAGAUGAACCCUCAAGAGCUUUUCUCGGGACCAGCAGAGCCAGCAGAGCUUGGGGGGAAUCGUAUAGAGCGGCGCUGAUAUUUCUUUUGUUGAAUUCAUUGUAUCUAUGAUAUGGGAUAGGGAUCUGUUCCUGAUCGAUACGGCCUUUCCACAUACCCGAGCCGUUGCCCUCUUUUCUCUAUAUGAGUUGCGAUAGUCCAUAUUCGUUGACUCCAUUAGAAUAGCUCUAAUCAACCCACACAUGACGUUCAUUCUUGGAUUCUGAUUCGGGCUGGAUGCCAUGCUACUUGUAC